UAAUGGCUAUCAGACAACAGACUGGAGCUUUCCCUUUCCACUGACAGUGAACUCAAAUGAACCCAAAGCCUCACUGACAGCAAGUGAUGACAUCAUACCAGCAGGGGGCAGCAUAACACUGACCUGCUCUGUGGACAUCGGUGUUGGCUGGAAGUUUUACUGGUUCAGAAAUGAUCAACAAUAUUCUGCUGCUCGGUUCAGAGGAAACAAUGAUCCAAACAGAGUCUUCAUCAUCACAGAGGGAGGAGUUUACAGCUGCAGAGGAGGAAGAGGAAAUCCAGUUUUCUAUACUGGAACCAGCAAUAAUGUCACUAUUCAGAAAACAGUUCCCAUUACACCAACUGUGAUCCAACAACCCAAUUGGGCCCAAAUCUACAGAGGAGAGAGAGUCACUCUGAGAUGUGAGAUCCAGGAUGAUGGAGGAUCUCAGUGGACGUAUGAAUGGAAACCAACCAAUAAAAACUCUCCAACAUCCAGUGAAAUCAUGAUCACUGUUAAUAGCAGAAGAAAUUAUAGCUGCAGAGGAAGAAGAGACAGUUUCACCUUCACAAAGUGGGGAGUCGUCACAUUAACAGUGAUCUCACCCAAACCUCAGCCUGUCCUCUCUGUGUCUCCAUCAUGGCCGAAUCCUGGAGCCUCAGUGACUCUGAACUGUGAGGGUUUGGAGCUUCAAUCAGCAGGAUGGAGGUUCUUCUGGUAUAAAACUGUUCCUGAUUUGUCCAAGCGAAACUAUCGACCAUCCUACACCUAUGAGCUGCUUCCUGGCAGCACCAAUGGUACUGAGCAGAACUCCUUCAUCAUUAAUGGACCGACUCUCACAGCAGGAUUUGUGUGCAGAGCAGGAAGAGGAGAACCAAAGUUUUACACUCAUUACAGUGAAGUAAAGUUUGUCUGGUCUGCAGAUUCAGCAGCAGCUUCUCUCUCAGUGAAUCCUGACAGAGUUCAACACUUCAGGUCUGAAUCUGUCACACUGACUUGUAAAGGAAACUCUACUGAGUGGAGAGUGAUGAAGUCUACAGAAAGAGACCACCUGUCAUUCUGCUCCAACUGGGGGAAAAUGACUGGAUCUACAUGCACCAUCAACAUGAACUGGUCUCCUAGUGGAGUGUUCUGGUGUGAGUCUGGAUCAGGAGAGUUCAGCAAUGCAGUGAACAUCACUAUACAUGCACCCAAACCUCAGCCUGUCCUCUCUGUGUCUCCAUCAUGGCCGAAUCCUGGAGCCUCAGUGACUCUGAACUGUGAGGGUUUGGAGCUUCAAUCAGCAGGAUGGAGGUUCUUCUGGUAUAAAACUGUUCCUGAUACAUCCAAGCGCAACUAUCGACCAUCCUACACCUAUGAACUGCUUCCUGGCAGCACCAAUGGUACUGAGCAGAACUCCUUCAUCAUUAAUGGACCGACUCUCACAGCAGGAUUUGUGUGCAGAGCAGGAAGAGGAGAACCAAAGUUUUACACUAAUUACAGUGAAGUAAAGUUUGUCUGGUCUGCAGACUCUCAUCCAGCAGCUUCUCUCUCAGUGAGUCCUGACAGAGUUCAACAUUUCGUUGAUCAAUCUGUCACAAUGAAAUGUGGUGAGAACGACACCAAGUGGAGACUGAGGAGGUUUACAGAAUCAACCAGUCCAUCACACGUUCGGUGCUCCAACUGGGGGACGAUGCAUGGAUCCUCAUGUACCAUUGACAGACUGGAGGAUCACAGUGGAGUUUACUGGUGUGAGUCUGAAUCUGGAAAAUUCAGCAACUCAGUCAACAUCACUGUACAGGAUGAUUAUGAUGAUAUUAUCCUGGUGAGCCCUGUUCAUCCUGUGACUGAAGGAGAUCCUGUUACUCUGAGCUGCAGAGAUAAAAAACAAAAUCUUCUCUCCAAUGUGUUUUUCUAUCACAAUGAUAAACUCAUCCAGAAUGACAGCAGAGAGGAGCUGAAGAUCUCUGCAGUGUCAAAGUCAGAUGAAGGUUUCUACAAAUGUCAACAUUCAGGAAAAGAGUCACCAAGCAGCUGGAUGUCUGUUAGAGUAACUCUUUCCAGUCCCGUCUCCUCGUCUCGUUUACUGCUGAUCAUUGGACCCAUUAGUGGAAUCAUUCUGAUUAUUUUCCUGCUCUUGUUGUGGCGCUACAGACGGCCCAAAGAUUUAUGCUCUUUCAGAUCAGACAAAAACAAUCAGAGGUCGACCACCAAUCACAGAGCAGAGAUUGAGAUCAGUGACAAUAACGCUCCUUCUGAAGGUGAUGCUCUCUAUGCAUCAGUCAAGCCUUCUGAAGCCGCCGCUCCUGCUGAACCCAAAGAAAUAACGUACACCAUGAUUAAGUUCAAAAAGCUCAGAAAAAAGAGAAAACCCCGUAAACCUGAGGAACGCGUUGUUUACGCUGAAGUGAAACCAAGAGCUGCAGAACUCGCUCCAACGUACGCUGUGGUCAACAAGAGCAAAGCCAAGAAGAACAGGAAAGGAAAACCUGCAGCAACAAAUGAACCAGUUUAUUCUGAAAUCAAAUCAGGAGCAACUCUGAACGAUGAAUCUGCCUUGUAGCAUCUAUCUAUCUAUCUAUCUAUCUAUCUAUCUAUCUAUCUAUCUAUCUAUCUAUC